AUGGCCGAGCCCGUUGGCAUCACCGGCACCGCAGCCGGCUUGGUGUCUUUGGGAUUGCAGCUUUACGGCGAGAUCUCGAAGUACAUCGAUGCCGUCAAGGGGAGAAAACGAGACCUCGACUUCGCGAGAGAGCAGACGGAGAAUCUCCAGAAAUGCCUGCUUGCACUCGACAACGUUUCGUUCCCAAGUACUACCCAUACGAGCACGAAUGAAGCCAUCGCUGGCUGCCUUGAUUCAUGCCGGAACGAGUUGAAGGCGCUUGACGAACUUGUCGUCAAGCUACGAGGCCCUGAAGCAAGCGCAGGCACGUUAUCGGAGAGGUUGAAGCAAAAGGCAAGAGAGCUGGCCUACCCUUUCCACCGGGAUGACAUUCGCGAGCUUGAGAGGCGGCUCGACACCUCAAAUCGAGUGCUUCAGACUGCACUGAACUCUGCCGGUGUGUAA